CAUCAAAGGGGGGAUAUCACGUCACCCCUCCCACAUUCCCCCUUCAUCAUCGCGUAUAGUCCAGACACACGCGCGCGCGCACACUCACUCACACACAUACACACACACACAUUUUCUGCUCAGCCAUGGCUCCCUGCUAGAUGCUGAACGCGGCUGUUGUCAGAGCAAAUCAAAUCUGCACUACCGCUCGCUGCUCUCCCCUCCUGACCUUGCCUGCCUCCGGUUUGGGUGUUUUCUAAAUAUUGUAUUCAGGAUUCCUGCGCUGUCUUUCCUCUCCAUGGCUACAUCGGAUGGACUAGACGGCUGUCUGCAGCGAGGCAGAUCUCAAAGUGACCCGAAUAUUCUCACCGAACCGGGUAUCGAUUUGGCUGAGGGCGCAGCAGAGUUGGUCGACCAGCAGAGGGUGCUAAGGACAGGUUGUCUAGUGUCCGGGGUCCACACUCCUCCCAUCAGACGGAACAGCAAGCUGGCCACCCUGGGGCGUAUCUUCAAGCCCUGGAAGUGGAGGAAAAAGAAAAAUGAAAAGCUCAAGCAGAGUUCUACAGACCUCACACAUANCAGUGGACUUCUAUGCCACGACCCAAACUCCCCCACACAAGGUUGCUGCUCAGAAGGUGCCGUCCUGAUUGGCUUUGGGGGAACUCUGAGCCCCAAUCUAGCAGUCAGCAGUGUGGAGUACCUCGGUCCUGAGGAGGAUCACCCUUCACCAGCUUCACCUCUACAAGACUGUGAACACGAAGAGGAGAAUGUACCACUACCUAAGGAGGGCGGAGAGGAGAAUCUGAACCCUGCAGCAGAUUUACCUGACGGACUGCAGGACGUAGACCAAGUAGAAGAUAGAACAUCGGAGGAGAUCCCUCCUGGAACGUCUCCGCCGCAAGUACCUCCAAAACUUCUGCCUCAGAAGCUUCCAUCCAACGUAGACGAUUCAGGGCCUGUGUCUCUACCAAGUCACCUGCCCAACUCCUACCUCCCAAAGGAGCCUCCACCCAGGGCCACAGAAAGCAUGGCUUCCAUGACCCUGCCACUACGAGUGCCACUGGCCAACUCAGGUUCCCCACACCUAGGCAAUAUGAUCCAUCCUCCCAUGCCCCCUAGCUGCAUCAUGGAGGAACUGCAGAGAGCGUUUGCUUCCAAGAACAGACAGGAGAGUGUCCACGAAGGGUGUGAGCAGGGCUCACCCCCACGAUUGUGGUGCUUAGAUGGGCGUCUCUCUCGCUCUUGUAGCUCUGAGAACCAGCACACACUCUCUAUGGUGGGCGGCUGUGCGGCAGGUGGCAGCUCUGACUGGCCCAAAAAGGAGGCAGAGGAGAACAAGGAGAACGUACGGCUGGACCAGUGCUUCUCCAACACCUCAGGCCUCCCCACGGACCUGGAUGGCUGGAAUGAUUCUGUCAUCUCUGGCACGCUUCCUCGCAGGCUGAGGAAGGAAUUGUUGGCUGUUAAACUAAGAAACAGACCCACCAAGCAAGAGUUGGAAGACAGGAACAUCUUUCCAGUCAGGAGUGACCAGGAACGCCAGGAAAUCCGCCAGCAAAUUGAAAUGAAACUUGCCAAGAGGCUGAGCCAGAGACCGAAUGUGGAGGAGCUGGAGAGUAGGAACAUCCUCAAACAGAGAAAUGACCAGACAGAGCAGGAGGAGAGAAGGGAGAUUAAACAGCGGCUAAAUAGAAAGUUGAACCAGCGUCCCACAGUGGAUGAACUGCGAGACAGAAAGAUUCUGAUCCGCUUUAGUGACUAUGUGGAGGUGGCCAAAGCUCAGGACUACGACAGGAGAGCAGACAAGCCCUGGACCCGGCUCUCAGCAGCAGACAAGGCCGCAAUCCGAAAAGAGCUGAACGAAUUCAAAAGUACUGAGAUGGAAGUGCAUGCCUCCAGCAAACACCUAACGAGGUCAGUAUUCUAUGGUGCCUGUCUGUGUUUGUGUUUGAUUAUGCAUGGCGUAUGUGUUCUAUUCUGGGCUGCAGUGUUCUAAAUUUAGCUCUACUCGCUCGUGUAGAAGGCACUGAGGAGCCUAAAGAUAGAUGGGAGUGUUUCUGACUGUGGGGGGAUGGGUGAGGUUGUCCUGCAGAGAGGGGACGCGUGCAUCGGAAGGGGUGAUAAUAAGCUGCCAUGUCCUUGGCUAAGCUUGUUCAGAGUGCAGAGGACCUUGGUGGUGAGCUUUAGACUAAAAGGAGAUCGAGGACCUGGUGUAUGUUCUGUCCUGUUGUGUCUCCUAGUCCAUUAAAUGACUGUGCUGAAACACUGCUGUGGCACGAUGCCUUCGGGGAAUAACAAAGUCACCUUCUGCACAUGUGAUUCAUGCUGUUAUGACUCUACAGAUGGUUUCUCUCUGUGUCUGUGUCCAGGUUCCACAGGCCAUGAAAGUGAGUGUGGAGUUUCUUCUGUGAAGAAAAGCUGAGCUUUGAAAUGUUCUGAUGCUGCUUCAAGCUGCUCAGUGGUGACUGUUUAAAGAGCCUUAAGCCCCUCGUCUUCAGUGUGUCUCCAACAUUCUUCCAGCACCUUGACGAUGAUGACGUCAAUGGCCAGGAAGCACGGAAUUGCGAGCGAAGACGACGGUAAUGUUAGCGGCAGUGUGUCUUCAAGACUAGUGGAUGUCGCUACAUUGAAUGCUGGCUGGUGUUUAUGGACUUUGGUGGAGCCUCCGACUCUCGGGAUGAGAGUGGAGGACAAAAAAAGAAACAAUCUUGUCAUUAAGUCAGUGUUGUUUUUUGUACUAUUACACGAACUUGUUUGAGAGGGCGGUGUGAAUCCAUGUAGUGGGAGGAAGUUGUGCAUGUGACCAGCUUCACCGUUUUGUUAACUGAUGAAUAAAAUGUCACUUGGACUGUGUAAAGACGGUGCAGUCUGGGAAGUGGGACUAAACUUGAUAUCAACUGUACAUACAGUAUAUCAGCGUGAACGGGGCCGUCAAUGUCUUCACUUGAAAAGAGAAAUACUUUGUAAGCACUACUUGUCUUCAAAAUACAAGGUCUUUUUUAAA